AUGUCUACACCAGCCGAAAUCAUUGCUGCUAGAGUCAAUGGGUCCCACCUUACGAGUGAGAAAUCAUUCGUAGACCUCAACUCUCCAUCAGACUCUGAUGGUUCCGAAUCUGCGCGAGCAGGGAGCCCUGAUGAUCAUUCUAUGAACACUUCGGUACCCUCCAUUUCUGAUGAGUCUGCAUUUCCAGCUUUGGGCGGUAAGAGAGCCGACGUAGCAAAUGCUACACCAACUUGGGGCCCCAAAAUGGAUUCUGCUGGCUCAGGUGACUUGGCUAAUAGUCUGUCAAAGACUUCUUCGCCUUCUAUUGGAAGUGGAAAAAUUAAAUCAUCUACGAUUCAAGAGGCAUUUUCGCUAGGUGCUGACGAUCAGUUGAACGUAGCUAGGCCCGAAUUCAUUAAGAUUCUAACUUAUGUAAAGUCUGAGACUAAUACUAGCAUUGAGUGUACCACUUCUCAUCACACCAAGAAGCGGACAUUUUUAAUCACUGGAAAACCAACGGACGUUAAAUUAGCGAAGAGACUUAUAAUCAAAGAUUUAACUAAGCCUGUCAAGAUAAGUUUCAGUGUCCCAGCUAAAAUCAGAUCUCGGAUUAUCGGUCAACAAGGUCGAACUUUGAAACCAAUUAUCCAAGGAAAUGAAGUUAAAAUUGAUAUUGCACAUCCUGAAUCUUCUGAUAAUAACGAAGACGAAAAGGAAGACAUAUUUGACGAUUUAGUAAAAGUCACUAUUGAGGGAGAUGUUGAAGGUUGUAAACAUGCGAAAGCUCAAAUAAUGGAUAUAGUGAAAGAAGAGACCAAGAACAUGCCAAUAAAUCUUUCUGUCGAUCCAAUGAUUUUACCGUUCGUCAGUCAUAUCCUCAAAGACAUUCCAGGGAAAUUUGAAGAGUUAGACAUCUCAAUUCCAGAACGCAAUGAUAAUAGCUCAAAAAUUCGCCUAUAUGGAGAUAGAGAGGCUGUUUUAAAGGCGAGAAAUGACAUAAAGAAUUUACUUGACAAGACAGCCGAUAAAAUUACAGUUGAAGAAGUUGCAAUUCCUAAGUUAAAACAAAAGUUUUUGCCGAUUGAUGAAAUUUUAGAAGAGGAGAAUAUCUUGAUUAGAUUGCCUAAGAAUGAAGAGGGUAACGUCGAAUUUGUUGGUGAACUGAAAAAGAUUCCAAUUGCAAUUGAAAGAGCAAGAAAGACGACGUCUCAAUAUCAAGUUGAUAUCUUGGAUAUGUCAAAAGCACACAAAGGUAAUCUAUUGCAUGUCAGGGCUGUUGCGGCAUUGCUAGAAUCUAAUGGAACCUUUAAAAAAAUUGCUGAUGAAAAUAAUGUCCUGAUAAAUGUGCCUAGUUCCAUAGAAUUAGCAAAUACAAAUGUUAAAUCCAUUCCACUAGAAGUUACCUUUAAGAACGACGAACUUGAAAGGGUGAAAAAUGCCAAAAGGUCAAUAGUCUCAGCUGUUAACUCUAUUUCACCAGAUUCAACAAAGAUUAUUUCUGAUAUUGACGAAUUUCUCUUGAGUAAAGUUCCUGGUGUCAUUGACGAGUCUGCAGCAGAAAAUUCGAUCUCCUAUGUUAUCCUUGGUAGAUACAUCACCUUAUUUUCUGCUGCAGAAGAAGACGACAUUGAUUUCGUGGACGAAGCAAGUUCAUCAAAUGCACUAGAUGAUAUUGAUAAUCUUUUAAAUCAAUUGAGAGACAUGUCCCAAAAUUUGCAAUCCACAGUUUUGAGUAUUGAAGCCAAUGAUCAAGCUCACAUCUCUGGUCCCAGUGGUAGAACUUUAUCUCUCAUUAUGAAAAGAAUUGAGCCAGAUUCAGUCAUGAUAAAGUUUCACUUUAACGGCGAAAGAAGAUCAGAGAAUGAACUUUUCAUACAAGGUUUAAAAUCCCAAACUGUUAUCGUGAUACAAAGCAUUGAAAGAGUUCUUUCUGAUUUCAAAGAAUUUAAGGACGAAUACAAAACAUCUUUCCAAGUUCCCACGUCAAUUUUAUCAAGAUUAAUUGGAAAAAAUGGAUCCAAUUUAAAUUCAUUGAGAAAAGAGUAUGGCAUCAAAAUAGACGUCUCCGAAAAUGAGCUGGAUAACAAAGAGAAUGAUAAUAAGACAGAAAUCAGGAUCACUGGCGUAAAAUUGAAUUCCGACGAAUGUGCAAACCGCAUUCAACAACUAUCUAAGAAAUGGUCAGAUGAAACUUUAGUGAGAUUGAAAGUAGACUCUCAAUUCCACAGACGAUUAAUAGGACCUCAUGGAGUCUACAUUAAUAGGUUGCAGGAAAAGUACAAAGUUAAUAUAAGGUUUCCUUCAUCUGUCAGUCUUGAGUCUUCGUAUCCCGAUGCUCCAAAAUCGAAAGAUGAAGUUACUAUAAAGGGGCCCUCUAAAGCUGUCUCAAAGGCUGAAGAGGAGCUUAUGGACUUUUAUCAUUAUGAAAAAGAGAAUGGUCAUAAGCAGAGUGUAAAGAUACCCACCAAGGCCAUCGCUAGAGUUAUUGGUAGAUCUGGAGAAACCAUAAAGGACUUGGCCGAUGGCACUGGUAUUGACUACAGAUUUAAUCGUAGUAAAGAGUUUGAAGAGGAAAACGGUUAUGCUGAGGUUGAGCUUACUGGUUCCAAAUCUGCCUUGAAAAUGGCCGUUAAAAAGAUUCAAGACAUUAUCGACGAAGUUGAAAACACUACCUCAAUAUCUAUCUCAGUAGACCCUAAAUUCCAUCGUGACUUGGUAGGUCCUGGAGGCUCUGUGAUGAAGGAAAUAAUCUCUAAAGCUGGUGGAGACGGAUAUUCAGGAAUUAGAUAUAACAGGCUUUUGACUGUUCCCAACGAAGGUACGGGAUCGAAUCAAGUAUCUUCUCAGGGUAAUAAAGACGUUGUUGAUAAAAUCAUAGCACAAGUUCGUGAUAUUGUAGCUAAUAAGGAAGCCGAACUUAUUGUCAACUAUGAAUUACCUAAGGAGAAACAUAGAUUGAUUAUUGGUCCAUCAGGAUCUAUUCGUCAUUCCUUACAAGAUGAAUUCAAUGUGUUCAUUGAUGUUCCCAGACCAAAUGACCUGUCAACUACCAUCAAACUAAAAGGAAGAAAGGAGAAAAUCGACUCAUUAAUAGAAAAGCUAAACAUUUUAACGAAAGAUAACUGGACAGCGUCGGUUGAUGUUCCUGAAGCUUAUCACAGUUUUGUUAGCGAGCGAGGGGCAGUUUUUAAAAAAUUAAAGUCGAAAUUCAAUAUUGAAAUUCAACACGGAAAUAUGACUAGAAGGGCCGCCAAGUUGUCAAGCUCAUCUGUUCCAAGUCCCCCAGAAGCUGCGCAUCCACACGAAGAGGAGAACUUUAAAUUUUCAACUAUUCCUCUCGAACAAGAGACUGACACAUCUAAAGUAAUUCCAUGGAGAGUAAAGGGAGAAUCUGUAGAUUCGGAUAAUGCACUAAGAGUUAUUAAGGAGCGUUUAGAAAAUGCCAAAAAGGCGGAUACAAUAGGUUGGAUAUAUGUUAAAAAGCCUUCAGAUUUGUCAAAGAUCGUAGGUACACAAGGUUCUACUCUUGACCGCAUAAGAAAUGAGACUGGGUGCUCCAUAUUUGUUCCGAGGCCAAACGACAAAAAUCCAAAUUUUAUACAUUUAAUUGGGUCUCAAGAUUCGGUAUCAUCCGCUAAGGGAGCUAUUGAAAAGCUCAUUAGCUAA